GCACACGCGAUGUACGUGUAUAAAGCGACCCCGCAUCGUCGCGAUGUCAGGACACUUGCUGCUGCUACCGCCGUUCCAAGGAUAUGCUCUCGGGCCUCUCCCUCGUGUUCCUAGCUCUUUGCGGCUGGGCCGUUUGGCAGCUGCUGUCACUCGUCCGCGUCCGCAUCGCUACGGCGCACCUGAGGCGCAUCCCAGGGCCGCCACCGGCCUCAUUCUGGACUGGCAACUUGACGCAGUUCUUCUCGCGCGACGCGGCUGGCUUCCAGGAACAUGUCGCGCACGAUUUCAGCCCCAUUGUGAAGCUGGACGGGUUCUUGGGCACCCCGAUCCUCUACGUCGCUGAUCCCAAGGCUCUUCACACCGUCCUCGUCAAGGAGGAGCAUAUUUUCCAGGAAACCCCGGAUUUCAUUGCGACCAACAAGCUUAUUUUCGGCGCGGGCGCACUGCUCUCAACGCUAGGCGCGCAGCAUGGCCGCCAGCGCAAGCUGCUCAACCCCGUCUUCUCCGUCAGCCACAUGCGGCACAUGCUUCCGCUCUUCUACAACAUCGUCUACAAGCUGCGUCUCGCGAUCGAGUCCCGCGUCGGCGAGGACCCGCGGGAGAUCGACAUGCUCAGCUGGAUGGGCCGCACGGCGCUCGAGCUCAUCGGCCAGGCGGACAGCACAAAUGCGUACGGCCUGGCACUGAAAUCGCUCGCUCCGGGCCUCUCCGGCUUGAGGAUCUUCCGCAAAGCGGCAAUGGCCACUGAGAACUUCAUGACCAUCGUCCCGGCGUGGUUGCGGCGCGCGCCGUCGACGCGUUCCCGCGUGGGACCACGUGCACGCGUGAAGGAGAUUGUGGACACCAUGGACUCACACUCCCGCGCGAUCUAUGACCGAAGAAGCUCGCUGGUGAAGCAGGUCGCGGAGGGCAAGGACAUCAUGAGUAUUCUCAAUAUCGCGCAGAUGUCGGUCCUCAUAUUCGCGGCGAUGGACACGACUUCGAACUCGCUCUCCCGCAUCCUGCACUUACUCGCGCAGCACCCGACCGUUCAGGAGAAGCUCCGUGAAGAGCUCUUGGGCGCUGGGGCUGCCGACGGUAUGCAGUACGACGACUUGAACCGUCUGCCCUUGUUGGAUAGCGUCUGUCGCGAGACAUUGAGAAUGUAUCCUCCGGUUACCACGUUGUUCCGAGUCGCUACCCAGGACACCGUGCUGCCCCUCUCGGGACCUAUCUAUACCACAGACGGCACCAGGAUGGAUGAAAUCCCUCUCGUGAAAGGUUCGCAGGUCAUACUCGGCUUCCUCGGAUGCAACACGAGCAAGGCGCUCUGGGGCGAGGACGCAUACGAGUGGAAGCCUGAGCGAUGGUUGUCGCACUUCCAUCUAGUUACGGAUGCUCGUAUCCCGGGUGUCUACUCCAACCUGAUGACGUUCCUCGGGGGCAAAAGAGCUUGCAUCGGCUUCAAGUUCUCGGAGAUGGAGAUGAAGGUCGUGCUCGCCGUCCUCCUGACAGCGUUCACCUUCGAGCUGCCGGAGAAGUCAAUCGUGUGGAACGUGGCGGGCGUAUGGUACCCGAGUGUCGACAGGGCCAGUGCCAAGCCCGAGAUGCCUUUAAAGGUGGGACUUUACAAGGGGUCCCAGGCGUGAUAUCCAAGGUUGUGUCUGUGGA